CAGUGUUAGGUUGGCACGCGUGGUCAGCUCGCCAUAUUUCCCUGGUGCACCCCACCCAAGUGUCGAGUUAUCGCUUGAAUGGCUGAGGGUCAACAGUGGCCCGAGGUGGUCAUAAACUGUCAAACUGGAACUAAUGGAAUUAGAAAACAUUGUAGCCAACACAGUGUACUUGAAAGCAAGGGAAGGAGGUUCAGACAGCAAUAAGGGAAAGAGCAAAAAAUGGAGAAAGCUUUUACAAUUUCCACAUAUAUCACAGUGUCUAGAUUUAAGAAGCAAAUUCGAUGUAAAGUACAGCUAUGUAGUGGAUCAGCAGCCAAUAGGGAGACUGUUGUUUAGGCAGUUUUGUGAAACUGUAAAGCCUAUGUACCACAAGUACAAUAUUUUCCUAGAUGAAGUUGAAAUUUACCAAGUUGAGGUGGACGAGAAGAGACAGGAGGUUGCACAUACCCUUUUUAACAAAUAUUUACAACCAAGGUCCAAAGAGUGGCAGAUAGUAGGAAUCCUAAAUGAGUCCCUGAUAGUGACUUGUAAGGAGAACCUCGAGACUGCAGGGAAAGAACUGUUUCUUGGCUGUGCUGCAGAAGUCAAGCUCUUCCUGGCCAAUGAGCCUUUCAAGGAAUUUGAGGCUUCCAUGUACUUUAAUAGAUAUCUACAAUGGAAAUGGCUGGAAAGUCAAAUAGUAACGUACAAGACGUUCAGAAUGUACAGAGUGUUAGGCAAGGGUGGCUUUGGUGAAGUGUGUGCGUGUCAAGUUAGAGCAACUGGCAAAAUGUAUGCAUGUAAGAAGUUAGAAAAGAAGAGAAUAAAGAAGAGAAAGGGUGAAGCUAUGGUGCUUAUAGAGAAGCAAAUUCUACAAAAAAUUAAUUCCAGAUUUGUUGUUAGUCUAGCGUACGCCUACGAAACAAAAGAUUCCCUAUGUCUCGUCUUAACCAUAAUGAAUGGCGGGGACCUCAAAUUUCACAUCUAUAAUAUGGGCCGAGAUCCAGGCUUUGACCAAGAGAGAGCCGUUUUCCAUGCAGCUGAGGUAUUGUGUGGAUUGGGGCACUUACACACACAGGGCAUCGUGUACAGAGACUGUAAGCCUGAAAACAUUCUACUAGAUGAUCAUGGUCAUGUCCGAAUAUCUGACCUUGGUUUAGCUGUUCAGAUACCUGAAGGAGAGAUGGUGCGGGGUAGAGUGGGCACAGUUGGAUACAUGGCACCAGAAGUUAUAGACAAUGAGAAGUACACCUUCUCCCCAGACUGGUUCAGCUUCGGAUGCCUCAUAUACGAAAUGAUUGAAGGACAGGCACCUUUCAGAGCACGUAAAGAAAAGGUAAAGCGAGAGGAAGUUGAUCGUCGGGUGAAGGAACAGCCAGAGUUAUAUUCAAGCAAGUUCUCAGAGGAAGCUAAAUUGAUAUGUCAACAAUUGUUAAAGAAGAAUGCGCGAGAACGAUUGGGGUGCUCAAGAGGUCGACAUGGCGCUGUUGAAGUGAAAACUCAUGAUUUCUAUAAGACAGUCAACUGGAAAAGAUUAGAGGCAGGGAUGUGUGAACCUCCAUUUGUCCCAGAUCCCCAUGCAGUAUAUGCAAAGGAUGUGUUGGACAUAGAACAGUUUAGCACAGUGAAGGGUGUCAACCUAGAUGCUACAGAUGACUCUUUCUACUACAAAUUCAACACUGGGUCUGUCUCAAUCCCUUGGCAACAGGAGAUGAUAGAAACCAAGUGUUUUGAGGAGCUUAAUCAAUUUGGACCCAACAAUACACCUACUAAUGACCUCAGACUAGAUCUGCCCCCACCAGAGGACAGCAAGAGCUGCUUCCCCUUCCGACGACGGGUAUGGUGCAGGUCUGGUGUUUCAUCUUGAACGUGACCGGUGGCUUUCCUCACCUCACUUAGUUUUACGUCGGAGGUAGCUAGGUGAGGGCUGGAAAAGCAAGAAUCAUCAUCAUCAAGAGCACAGUCAUAAUCUCAAACUUCUGCUGUUCACUGUUGAACAUGGCAAGUUCAGAAUCAAGCAUUGACAAGUUCAUCGUCCAUGUUCCCUCUGAGCAUCUGAAGCUCGCAUUAAUUCAUUUAGUGUGGAGUUCAUCUUCAUUUAUGAAAAUCACCUUCCAUAAGUCAGCCAUAGAGAAGAAGCAUGAAUGUUGCCCUGUUUUUGUCCCUUUUGUGCCAAGUGUUUUAAGAAAUGCAGAUUGUAUCCAUAAACUGCAUGUUAAAAGAGUCCUGUUGCAUGGAAGUGCAGUAAGUUAGAAAUUUUACAUUGGGACUGUUUUUCAUUCUGGACUGUGACCAUCAUAUGUUUGGAAGUUGAAAUGGUUUGCUCACACAAGUCUUGAACAUAUGAUAUAACACACAAACAGGAAUAAGCACACAAUGCAAUUAUGUUCGCACAUUCUGUACGUAUGUGCACACACAAUGUACAUGUGCAUUAUAAACCUUGUGAGUAGAUGUACAUUUGCUCACAUGUAGACAAAUGUGUACACUUUAUUUGCACACAUGAACAGAUAUAUAUAGAGAUAAUCAUGGACACAUUUCCUGACAGAUAUUUGGAUAUUCAUGGUAAGAAAUUAUAGAAAAAUGUGACCUUGCACUUCACAAAUACAGUACACAAACAUAAAUACACUAUUGACUUUAGACAUGAAUAGAUACAUACAGUCAGAUCUGCUACAACGCAAUAGUUGUGUUCUUGUAAAUCCUCGUGUUGUAGAAAUUUGCGCAAUGUAAAUAACGGCUUAUGGAGAAAAUAGGGUUAGGUGCAGACGACUCGAAAUCGAAAAAAAAUUAGUAAUUAGCCUAACACAAAGGAUCCUUUUUUGCGAAUUUAGCUAUUCCCGUUGCACGCACAAUAUCACAUGUUCUUUCCUUACGUUCAAAAUGCUUGAUAACAUCAAGCUUCUCUUCAACUGUUAUAGCCUUUCUUUUACGAUCACCACCAGGAAUGCGAUCACCAGA